CAAUUGAAAACAUCAACAACAAUAACAAAACCAACUCUGUGUUCUUAAAAUCUCUUUUUCUUUUGGGUUCCCCUCUUUUAAUCCGCCAUGGCCGCCUUCUUCCAUUUCACCAUUUUCUUCACCAUUUCUCUUUCUCUAAUCUCUCUCUCUCUUCCCUCCUCCCUCUCUCUCUCCUCCACCAUUCACGAUCUCCUCCGCUCCAAAGGCCUCCCACCGGGCCUUCUUCCGAAAGAAGUUAAAUCCUACUCCCUUUCCCCAAAUGGUCUUCUCGAAGUCUUCUUAGAUGGCCCUUGUUUAACCAAAUACGAGAACAGAGUUCUUUUUCAAAGCGUUGUUAGGGCUAAUCUCAGCUAUGGAAGUUUGAUUGGCGUUCAAGGUCUCACUCAGGAAGAACUCUUUCUAUGGCUUCCUGUUAAAGAUAUAAUCGUUGAUGAUCCUAAAUCUGGCUUGAUUCUCUUUGACAUUGGUGUUGCUCAUAAACAACUCGCUCUUUCACUAUUCGAAGAUCCUCCAAGUUGCAAAUCGCAACCUAAAGGGGGUUUGAGGAAUCAUGUGAGGAAGGAGAAAGGAUUUGAAGCUUUGAGAUAGAAAGGAAAGGAAAGGAAAAUGCCAAAAUUCUGCUGGAAAAUUUUGUCGUCUUAUUUUUGUUUUGCUCCCAAGGCCUAUAUAACUAAAUUAGUUCUAAUAAUAGUUUAUAAUAAUAGUUUAUACUGUUAUAGAGUUACCAGAGUUGUUUUUUACAAUUAAUUUCUUUUUUCUUUUUCUUUUGUAUAAAAAUGAUAAGAUGAGUUUCCCUUUCUUGGAAUCCUA